GGCGGUGAGGGGUCGGCCCCGGGCGCCCCCCAACCCCGGCGGUCCCGCGGCACCACUUUCCGAGCCCAAAGGCCUUGCUUUGCCGCUGUCACCUCCUCACUGAGUCUCCUCAAUUUGCUCUCUCCCCUCAGGGAUUCUGUUACCGAUGGCGGCCACGAAAACGUCGACCUAUGGUGAACAUUUCAGGCCAGAAAAAUUAAAAGAAUGGCCAGAGCCCGAGUCAGUUGCUUUAAUGGAGGAAAUUAUAUUUGGAGACCUGUAUGAUCCUGAAGUAUACAAUCCUUUUAAUAUGACAAAAAAGGACCCACAUUACGGAAAGGUUACAGUCCCACCAUUUUGUGAUCCUCUGUUUAGAAGACAGCAAGAGAUAGAUGAAGAGAAGAGAGCUAUUUUUCAAUAUAAGACAGGAAAACAGUAUACUUCAAAACAAUUUAAAGAACUAGAGAAGGCUAGGGUGGAUGCCAAACUGCCCCAGUUCACGUUCACUGCACACAGUGUGAUUCCAAAAGAGCGUCAUAACGCUUCUGCGAGAGCUGUGAGGCGGAAACCUCCGAGUAAAUGCAGUCCUGAAAACCCUAUCUGUGCCGAAAAUAUAUAUUUGCCUGAUAAAGAGACUACCACCCUAAGUCAGACUGUUUUUGAAAGGCAGUUUCAUUCCUCGAAGCUCAACCAGGAAAACAAAAGGGAUGAAAAGAAGGGUUUGGUGAGCGAAGAUGUGGGGAGAGCAGGGCUGUCACAAUUUGACAACACCCACGAGCCAGCAGGCGCUGAUUUCAGAAUCUGACAGAGCCCUCCCUCUUAGAGGGGCUCCCAAGGGCAGAGCAGGCAGGAGCCAAAGAAGGGAUGAAAAAGAGGAGGCAGAGGAGGAUUGAUUCUAUGCAGCAGAAAUGGUGGGGUGCCUCUGGACUCACGUGUGCUGCCUAGACACGGAGCCCUUCAGCAGGGGAGCCUUGCAUGAGGAAACUCAGAAAAGGAGCAGACUCUGGGACCCUGGACCCCACUUUUGGGGACUGUGGCUGUACAAGGUGAGGGAAAACCUGGCCAGAGGGGAUCUGCCCUCCAAGAUUUCCUCAGCUCUUUUUCUCUUCUGCCAUUUUCUACUAUUUACUACUUAUCAUAUUCAUACCACACCAAAAGUUUUGUUACUUACUUAUUACAUCCACACCAGACCAAAAGUUUUGUUCUCCUUAGUUCAGUCACAACAGGUAGGAAUCUUUUGAAAUGAAAUUAAUACUAAAAAAAAUUAGGGCAGAAUGAUCGUUUAGCUCUAUAGAAGGUAUUUUAAAUGCAGGAAUUUUCCAUGCACACAUUUCUUAUCCAGAGCUCCCAGACUGGUGGGCAGAGCUUACCUACCGCUCAUGGUCUGUUUCUCCUCCCAUCCUGUCUUCCACACCCUGUACCCUAAAGCCUGAGAGUUAGCGUGCUUCCAGGGAAGGCUUCACGGUGCUUGGCAGGUAAUCGGCUGGUGACCUGUUUUGGGCACACAGUGGAUCACUGCAUUUCUCCUUUCC